UUCUCAAGUUUACAUCAUAAUACUCUUUCACAAUGGUUGUGGGUAAGAUGAAGUUCACUUUUCAGAAAAGGGUGAAGUUGGCCCAGGGUUUGUGGCUGCUCUCAUGGAUUUCAACUCUGGGUGGAGCGGUUACCUUCACUUUAGGAUGCUUCCUAAAGACUGAGCUUCGAAGGAGGGGAGAGGUAAUGGACAACACAGACAUCCACUGUGUGCCCAACACCUUGUUGAUUGUGGGUCUGGCUUCAAUGGGCAUCAAUUAUUUUGCCAGUCGAAUCUGCCAGGACGCCCUAGAUCCGGGUCGUUUCCCACAAUGGAAGACCUUCCUGAAGCCCUUCUAUGGAUGCUCGAUGUUCUUCACCACCCUCAUGCUGUUUUCAGUCAUCUUGAGUUACGCCAUGAUGGGAAACCUAGAGUCCUCGCUGAAAAUCGGCUUGAAGAACGGCAUUCGCUUCUACAAGGACACCGAUACCCCUGGCCGCUGCUACCAGAAGCAGACCAUUGAUCGCCUUCAGAUGGAGUUCCAGUGCUGUGGAAACAGCGACUACAGGGAUUGGUUUGAGGUGCAGUGGAUCAGCAACCGUUACCUGGAUUUCAGCUCUAAGGAAGUUAAGGACCGCAUUAAGAGCAAUGUGGAUGGCCGUUACUUGGUUGACGGCGUGCCCUUCAGUUGCUGUAACCCUAGUUCUCCCAGACCCUGUAUCCAAUACAAAAUCACCAACAACUCUGCCCACUACAACUACGAGCAUGAGACCGAAGAACUCAACCUCUUCAUUCAUGGUUGCAGAGAAGCCCUGGUCAACUAUUACAUGGGUCUGAUGAACACCAUUGGAGCUGCGGUUCUCUCUGUCUUUAUGAUUCAGAGCUCAGUGUUGGCCAGUGUGCGCCUCCUGCAUACGUCUAUGGAGGCCGUUGCUGGACAGGAGAAUGUGGAGAUCGAAACCGAGGGCUACCUGCUUGAGAAAGGAGUGAAGGAGACCAUCAUGGAGUAUUUGGAUCCUUUGCUGAAGCUCCUGUUGCUGAACCAGGUAAACCCUCCUGAAGACCAAGCCGAAGCAGGGGCGUCUGGAGCGACCAGCUAAAGAGUCGGAUUCAUCUGACCACUGAAAUCUGUCCAGCUGGAGGCUGAGAGUGCUAAUCAAUCAAUUAAUUCAUGUUUUGGUAUUUUUAUAUACAUACAUAUAUCCGUUUUAUUGACCUAAACACACAUCUCAAAGAGUUGUAUACUUCAUUGAUACUCUAAAAUGGUUGCUUCUGAAAUAAAUGAACAGCAUCAUAAUUUCACCCAAUUUGGUGAGAAGUCUUUUGAAUGAUGAAUGAUUACACUGCCAAUUCUGCAGCACUCUAAUGUUUUAUUACCUUGGGGUGAGUAAACGUCUGUUCAUUCCUGUCAGG